GAGUGAGACAAACAAACAAAACAACCCCAAACAAGAAACAAUGAAAUAGAAAAGACAGGAAGCGACGGAGAUUCAAGCCGGCCUUGUGAAGGCGAAGUAGACUUGCAGGAGAGGAGGCUGGAAGCAUGAAAUGGCUUAAUGGACAGCAACCGGUCCCGAAUUUGACGAUCCACUGCAGCACGAACUGUAGGGGCAGGAGUAACAUGUGACUGAAAAAUCCUCAUGUUCCUUUCUUUCCAAAUAUGAUAAAUUAUUGAUUGGAAGAAGAGUUUGAUGAUACAAACUCUAAAUUUUAAUACAAAGAAAGAACAACGGGGCGACUAGUUAGGCUACGAAUACGGGUCAAACAAGAAUAUACAAGUGCAAAACUUUCUUAGAGUCUAAGCAAUAUUCUUCUUUCUAUUGGAUUUUGAAUUGAAACUGGAGAUAAAUUGAAUAAUUAUUAUUUUACAGUGACCAAGAUAUAUAUAACUUAUGGAUGUUAAUCUCAGGGUUAUGCCACCAUCUGAACUCAAAUCUAUAAAGUGCAUAUUAACAAAUAUAUAAUAUCGUUGUGAUAACAAUAUUACCUUUUUGUAACACCGAAAUUCUGAACCAUGAUAUCUUUUCGAAUAUGAAAGCAAAGCUGACUUAAUCCUCUCCAGUAAUACAUAUUUUACGCAAGUGCUAUCUACGCCAUUGUUAGAUGUGUGUUCGUGGUUCAAGAUUUAAGUAACCUUUAACGAUUGACGAGGAAAUUUGAUAAAAUGUUUGGUACUAUACUAAGUACUAACUGUGGUCUACAGAGAAUAUAUAUGGGCCUAUAGUUAAUAACAAAGAAUAUGUUUUCUAAAUGCUUCACCAAAUUUUUACUGUUAUGAACUUUCAAACGUAUUAAGCUAUCGUUGAUCCGUUUAGGAUCGUCAGGCGGUCCAUUCGCGUGCAACCGUGUAGACAUAUAUAUAAUCCUGUAAUGCCAGAAAGAAUUAGCUGCAAACUUGGUUACAUUAUAUAAAACGUAAAUUUGAUUUCUAAGAAGUAUAAAUUUGAUUCUUAUUGAAAAUAAAGCAGAAGCGUUAUAAAUGUGAAGCAAAAGUCCACAUGCGGCCAUGGGAAAACAAAAAUAUUUAAAGUAGGCAUUAAGCACAAAAUCCAUCUGUUGUUGACUGGCCGAUGAAUGAGUGACUACAUGCAUGCAUAUUUGUAUAUGAUUAUAAUUGUGUGUGAUCAUCAGAACUUUUUUUUCUGAACACAGAUCAUCAGAUUCAUAAGGUCAAAAUAAAAAUAAAAAUAAAAACCCUCACGGGUCACGUGCUUAAGCAAUAAAUACAGCUCUUCAGUCUUCAUUAACUAUAGAUAUCUUCAGUUGUUUUCAUCUUAAAAGAGACACUGUUCUGCUUCUCGAGCUACCAAACCCCUUUCAUCUCCUUCAGAAAGGUCUAUUCAACCCAGCCUCAACAUUUUCUUAUAUAUCUAUCUUUAUAUUGACACAGGUAUAUAUCGUGAUCAGUAAAUUUUAAACUUGGAAUUUUACUUGCCUUUAAAGCCUUCCUUACCAAUCUUCCUUCACACCCUCUUUAAAAGUCACUUGACUUUAGUAUUUCUCUUUUUGUUUCUUUCUACUUUUCUCUCUUUUCUUUCGAUCAUCUGAGAGCAUGCCUGAAUGUCAAGAGAAAGGGAGAGACUUGAAGAGAUAGGGAAGAAGAUCAAAAGAGAAGCAGAUGCUUGGCCUAAUCAAAUGGCAGGAAUUAGAAGACAUAUAUCUGGUCCUCCUGGAGCCCUCAAUACCAUUACUCCUUGUGCGGCAUGUAAACUUCUGCGCCGACGAUGCGCUCAAGAAUGUCCAUUUUCGCCUUAUUUCUCCCCAUGUGAGCCUCUUAAGUUCGCGUCGGUCCACAAAGUCUUUGGAGCUAGCAACGUCUCCAAGAUGCUAAUGGAGGUACCGGAAGGCCAGAGAGCAGACGCGGCAAAUAGCCUCGUGUAUGAAGCAAACGUGAGGUUAAGAGAUCCAGUGUACGGUUGCAUGGGAGCAAUCUCAGCUCUACAACAACAAGUUCAAGCUUUACAAGCCGAGCUUACGGCCGUACGAUCUGAGAUUCUCAAGUACAAGCAACGAGAGGCUGUCGCCACUUUGAUCGUACCUUCCAAUUCCCAAUAUCACAACUCUGGCGGCGUCUCCGUCAUUGCACUACCACCACAAACGCCGUCAACUCCACCGCAACCUACGGCGGCUCAUCAUCCGCCUCCUCCAUCUUCUUGUGUUUACUCUCAACCAACCACAAGAGCACUAGAAUACGGCGAGAUUGAAAGUGAGAACAACUCCUACUUCGGUUAAAAUUUAUUUGAAUCAUUCUACAAACACACAUACAUAUAAUUUAUUUCCAUAAUUUGUGGUCCGACAAUUAUAACUAAGUUAAAUAAAUAUAAGGGAGGAGGAUGAUGUUAAAGAGCCUGUCACUAAUCGAUCAAAUGUAUAUUUAUAUUGUUCAUUUGGUAAGGGGUACUCUUUACAUUUUACA